AUGGAUAAUAAACAAGGACGAGGGUCUCUCCAUCCCUUUGAGACGCCCAAGUCACCGUCGCGGUCCACGAGAGGCAAUGGAUUACUUCCGCCCAUAGCGUCUGGAUCUCCAAGAGGAAAACGAAGUAACAACGCCGUGUUCAGUGACCGAUAUAUCCCUAAUCGGACGGGGGUAGAUUUGCAGGCUGCAUUCAGUUUGUCCAGUGACGACGUACUACCGGAUCUCCGAAACAGUGCAAAUGGAGAUAACGAUAUCGAGAUUCGACGGGAAGAAGAGGCUAACCGGACGUUUUCAACGGUGUUGAAAGCUGAGUUAUUUGGAGACAACGUUCCUAUGGCUACUGCCAACCUCCUGCCGAGUGCCAAUGCCAAUAGCAGCAUGCGACCGAAGACGGCUGGUUUGCGGCAGAACCCCAUAUCAUCGUCAUCAUCACAUAACACGGGGACACCUCCGAGAUCAGCUGGCUCUUUAUCUGCAUUGAUUGCUCCCGGCUCGUCAGCUGCAUCCUUCUCCAGCAACAGUGCCGGUAGUGGGCAACAACGUCCCGGCACAUCUUCCACCUCUUCAUACGAGGCCGACGACGUCACCGCGACUCCACGGCGGAAAACUAAUUUAUUUACCUACCAGUCACCGAAAAAGACGAGACCUAUAUCGAGGGACUUGCAACAAGAGUUGUUCUCGCUAUCCCCUGUGCGACAAGAGUCUCAAAAGCUACUACUCUUGCCGCAGAAGAAACCCAGAUCCAUAUCUAAGGUUCCGUAUCGGGUGCUCGAUGCACCUGAGCUUUCGGAUGAUUUCUAUUUGAAUUUGGUGGAUUGGGGCCAACAGGAUAUCCUAGCGGUAGGAUUAGGCGAUAGUGUCUAUUUAUGGGAUGGGGCUACGCAAUCGGUUGAUCGCUUGUGCAAUUUGUCGAGCAAGGACAAGGUUACUAGUCUCAACUGGAUUGGUGCAGGCACCCACCUAGCGAUUGGCACUUCUAAAGGGUUGGUGGAGAUUUGGGAUGCGACAAAGAUCAAGUGCGUGAGAACAAUGACUGGUCAUUCGUUGCGUGUGAGCUCUUUGGCAUGGAAUGAGCAUAUCUUGUCGAGCGGCUCCCGAGACAGGACAAUCUUGAACCGAGAUGUGCGAAUCGAGGACCACUUUGUCAAUAAAUUCGAGUGUCAUAAACAGGAAGUAUGUGGUCUCAAAUGGAAUGUCGAAGAGGGCAAGCUCGCAAGCGGAGGUAACGACAACAACUUGUUUGUAUGGGAUGGCUUGAACCCCAAGCCGUUGUUUCAGUUUACAGACCACACAGCCGCGGUCAAGGCCAUUGGCUGGUCACCGCACCAGCGAGGGAUACUUGCCUCGGGCGGAGGCACCGCUGACAAGACGAUAAAGGCUUGGAACACGCUUUCGGGGAACUUGAUCCACGACGUCAACACCGGUUCGCAAGUGUGCAACUUGAUCUGGUCCAAGAACUCAAACGAGCUUGUCUCGACUCACGGCUUUUCGCGAAAUCAGAUUAUCGUGUGGAAGUAUCCUUCGAUGCAACAAAUUGCGCAAUUAACAGGUCAUACAUACAGGGUCUUAUAUUUAUCAUUAUCGCCCGACGGCGAAACUAUAGUUACUGGAGCUGGAGACGAGACCUUGAGGUUUUGGAACGUGUUUGAGAAAAACAGACACAACGAAACCCCAUCCUCUGUUUUGUUGGGGGCUUUCCUGCAGCUUCGUUAA